GAAUAAAGAGUUCACAAGUUCAGACUUCGCAACCUCUCUUAAGUUCGAAGGGAUAAGGACGGGGAAUGACGACGUUUUUGGUCUUUGCUUAUUAUUAUCCUGUAUGGACCAUUGACCAUAGUAGCUAGCGUGCGUGAACAAGCACUUCAAUGAUACGUUUUUAAAUUUUGGAUUCAUUUUGUUCUGAAAGUUGAAACGUCUUUGGGUAACAGUGGUUGCCGCCGGAGUAGCCGUGUCAUGUCACGUCCGACAAUAACCUCACCUUCAAGAAGAAGAAGAAGACAAUAGGAACCCAGUUCUUAAGAACCUCAAAGAGAGAUCUUCUUCUCAUUCCUUCCCUUUUCAUCCCACUUGAGCUCUUGAUAUGGGGAAUUGUUAUGCCUGCUUGGGAGUUGUGAACUCGGAAAACCAGGACACAUCAAAGAAGAAGAAGAAGCGAAGAAAGAGGGCAAGCAGGGAACGAAGACCCAAUCCUUAUGCCAACGACCCAAGGUCUCCGGCGCCGAUUCGAGUCCUUAAAGACGUUACUUCACUUAGUCACAAAACCCGCAUCAGUGACAAGUACAUAUUGGGUCGUGAACUGGGUCGAGGCGAGUUUGGUAUUACCUAUUUAUGUACCGAUAGAGAAACUAAAGAAGCCCUAGCCUGUAAGUCUAUUUCGAAGAGGAAGCUGAGAACGGCCAUCGACAUCGAGGAUGUUCGAAGAGAGGUUGCCAUCAUGUCUAGCCUUCCUGACCACCCAAACAUCGUCAGGCUCAGAGCUACUUACGAAGACAACGAGGCCGUGCACCUCGUUAUGGAGCUUUGUGAGGGUGGUGAGCUCUUUGAUCGGAUUGUAGCAAGGGGGCACUACAGUGAGCGUGCGGCGGCAAAUGUGGCCCGGACGGUCGCUGAGGUUGUUCGGAUGUGCCAUGAGCAUGGAGUGAUGCAUAGAGACCUUAAACCUGAGAAUUUCCUCUAUUCUAAUAAGCGAGAGAGUGCGCCGCUUAAAGCGAUAGAUUUUGGGCUCUCCGUCUUCUUUCGCCCUGGAGAGCGGUUCUCUGAGAUCGUGGGAAGUCCUUAUUAUAUGGCACCAGAGGUGUUGAAGCGGAAUUAUGGGCCCGAAGUUGAUAUAUGGAGCGCUGGUGUGAUCUUGUAUAUUUUGUUGUGUGGGGUUCCUCCAUUUUGGGCAGAAACUGAGCAGGGGGUUGCCCUGGCAAUCCUGCGGGGUGUGAUUGAUUUCAAGAGAGAUCCAUGGCCUAGGGUUUCAGAAAGUGCGAAGAGUCUUGUUCGGCAGAUGCUGGAACCAGACCCAAGAAAACGUUUAACUGCUCAGCAGGUUUUGGACCAUUCCUGGAUACAAAAUGCAAAGAAAGCUCCAAAUGUUCCACUUGGAGAUAUUGUGAGGACAAGGCUGAAACAAUUCUCUGUGAUGAAUAGAUUCAAAAAGAAAGCCAUUCGGGUAAUUGCGGAACACUUGUCUGUUGAAGAAGUAGAAGUCAUAAGAGAUAUGUUUAAAUUGAUGGACACUGAUAACAAUGGGAAAAUAACAUAUGAGGAGCUGAAGGCUGGCUUGCAAAAGGUUGGUUCUCAAUUGGCUGAACCAGAGAUGAAACUGCUGAUGGAAGUGGCUGAUGUCGAUGGGAAUGGUACAUUAGACUAUGGAGAGUUUGUUACAGUUACAAUCCACUUACAGAAGAUGGAGAAUGAUGAACAUUUCCGUAGAGCAUUUAUGUUCUUUGAUAGGGAUGGGAGUGGUUAUAUUGAGAUGGAUGAGCUACGGGAAACCAUGAAAGAUGAUUCUGGAGAAGUUGAUGAUGAAAUACUGAAUGAUAUUAUACGUGAGGUCGACACAGACAAGGAUGGAAGAAUCAGUUACGAGGAAUUUGUUGCAAUGAUGAAAACUGGUACUGAUUGGAGAAAGGCAUCUCGACAAUACUCAAGAGAGAGGUUCAAGAGCUUGAGCAUUAACCUGAUGAAGGAUGGUUCUCUGAAAAUGGUUAAUGUAGCAGACGGUCAAGUUACAGUUGUUGAAGCUAAUGGGAACAUUUCCUAGGUCUUCUGUGAUGCAGAAAAUUCUAUUGCUGUGAAGCUAAACCAAAGCAAUAUGCAUCUUCAGAAUAUCCAAUGCACUAAAAAUCUGGUGUGGGGGAAAUUGGUAUCCGAGAGUCUUGGCUCCAUAAAUGAAGCUAAAAUGUCGGCGUCUGAUCUGGUUUUGUUGGCAGGACUUUGGUUUGCUUUUUGGCUGCUUGGGAGAAGAUCCCAGAGAUAUUGGACUGGCUAGGUUUUGGUCUUGGUAGAGAAAGAUCUUAUUGAUAAUUCUUUUAGACCUUGUAUCACGUUUGUAAAUUUGUCUAUGUGAUUAUUUUCCUGCAAUGUUUUUCUA